CAAAGCCUUGCAACCCAUUCCUAAUUAAUUAAUUAUUCCAAGUCCCAGUAUGUUGUCACCAAGGAAACGAUUGAUGCGCACACCUUCAAAACCGACAGCGAUAAAACGGUCAAAAAGAAAUAUACUCAUACUGGGACAUUUUAACGUCAGUCUCGACAAGAAUUGGUAUGCAUCUUGGAUAAAGCAGCGACUCAAGGAUCUGCCUCCAUCUCUAUUAGAAAUCGAGGUUUCUGGGGUGCCUUUAGGCAGGCCCGGUAGCUAUGAGCGACUGGCUCAAGCUAUCGAUCAAUUCGCCCUCCGGAUGGAAGGCACCAGUGUUGACGACAUCAUCGAGCACCUAUGCGAAACAAAUGUUUUACGAAAAGAUCAGCACGCUUCUUCAACAUCUUACCGAGUCCUCGUUUUUGCUUGCCUAGGUUGGCAAAGCAUGUUGUUUCUACCCGCUUUCAAUGUCUGCUCAUUUGCGGAACUGGCCAUUUAUUACGACGAUAACCAGCCCAAUUCUGGAUUGGUAUUUGACACAUUCAGGGUCCCCAGCCAUCUUUCGGACCGACCCUUGUCGAUAUUAUUGAAAGCCUUCGGCCACAUCCUCCCUGCAGGACCAACAAGAGCAUUGUCAUUACCCACCGAGACAUUAAAAUCUGUGGCAUCGUGGAAAGCAUUGUGGCCGGAAGAAAUUAAUGUUUAUUUACUCCAAGUACUUCUGCGCGUGCGUUUGCGUUGGGUGGAUUGCUUGGCUCUGCACCUGGAUUACGACAAAUCGACUCAAACCCUAUGUCUCUUUGCAUAUCCGUCUAUGUGUGCCUCUAUGCUAGACUCCCAUGGCACGAUUUUUGCAUUUGCCAGCAUCGAGACAAAUGCCGCCGACCCUCGUGCCGACAGAGGAGAAAUCAAUUGCUUUUUACGGGAGGUUCUCCUUUCAUACCGACUCCUUUUCGGACAGUGCCCGAAAUCUAGAAGACUUUUUCGAUCCAUUGGUCCCUCGGCACAAAUAUUUCAAUACGGGCCAGACACGUUGCUGCAGCAGCUUUGCACAAACAAGCAGCUUUCACAGGCCGGUAUGGGCUGGGUGCCAGACGACCGUGCUGUGUAUUACGCGUCAAAAGACUUCAGCAUUCUGCGCGAUCGGGUCGAGUUGAUAAGCAAUGAGUUGGAAAAGGUCAGGCCUAGGUCUAUGGGGGAUCUCGUUCACGACAAAAGGGAUGCAGUGCAAUAUUGGACAUUUUGGUCGAUCUCCAUCAUCGGCGGCAUAAGUAUUGUUCUAAGCCUCACUCAAAUCAUUCUACAGUGCCUGCAAUUGGCGCAGGAUAACAGUUAAUGGUGGCGCAAGCAAUAAAACUGGUCAGCUUUGGCAGCUGCGGGGCAUUUAGCAUGUGGAUGCUCUUCUAGCCAACCCCGCCACACACGUCAGCAGAAAAAGCGCCUAACCAUAGUGACAUGGUAUAUAAUAACCCCGCCCGUAGGGAUGGAUAUAUUUGUAUUUAUCUCAAGGCUCGGAUUCUCGAACCUCUUCUUGAACUACUAAAAUUCUCCUUGUAUACGCUCGCAAAUUCCAUG